AUGCUGCCCCGGGCUUUGCUGUCCACCCUUCUCCUCAUUGUGCUGUUGCUGCUGUCACAGACUCAGGGAGGGCGCCGACAUUGGAGGAAAGUGGAAACUAUCAAGGAGUGUGAGAGGAAGCCUAAAUUUUAUCUGUGCAAACGCCACCGUGAAGCUCACCAAGAGUGCCAAGAAAAUAAUAUCUGCUGCUCAGCCUUCUGCGGGAACAUCUGCGUGAACCUCCUGGAAGUAGACAGGUGGGCUAUGCCUAUCAGUCCACCUGACUUUGUCUUUCAAAAGGGUGAGCCCUUCUAUGACACAGCGUUUGAAGAAAAUGAAACUCUAAUGAGGCCCACAGUAUCAAAAGAAAGAACAGAAUAGUCCUAAUAGUCCUUUUGUCUGUUUCUGAACCCACUGUCUCUGUCAAAUAAACCAGAACAAAUGUCCUGGAAACUUGCCUCUUUGUACUGUUAAUAAUUACUGAAAACACAACCCAGUGCAGUGCCUCUCUCUCUCUCUCUCUCUCUCUCUCUCUCUCUCUCUCUCUCU